ACGCGAUUCGUUAUUCUAUCGAGUUCUUCUUUAACACUGCUUCACAGUGUUCUUCCUUAAGCAAUUCCUACAAAGAUCAAAGUUAUUCCUGAAGUCAUACUCGAAGAACUGAAAGAUGACGUGUGGCGAUUCCGUAAGAGAUUUGAGCAACAAGUUUUCGAAGUUGGAAAAAUUCGAAGGCCAAGACUUCCGCCGAUGGCAGAAGAAGAUGCACUUCCUUCUCACAACGUUGAAGGUCGUGUAUGUACUGAGCACACCUAUGCCGCAGAUCAUGGAUGACGAUACACUGGAGCAGACAAGGAAAUGGUGCAAGUGGGAGAACGAUGACUACAUUUGUCGAGGACAUAUUCUUAACGAGCAGUCAGUGUCAAGUGGAAGGGAAAAUUGGCAAUCCAAAUUUUCAAACAUCCUACCUAGUGGCUAGUAGCUUCCCAAACUUUGACUCUUACAUACUCCGGGUAGGAAAAAAUGGCUUCUCCACUAAAGGUAUUUGAAAUAAGGACCAUGCUACACUUACACCAAAAAAUAUACCCCAUUUGUACACCACAGGUUUGCACAAACAUUUCGAUGGUUUACACCGACACAAGUGUUGGUGCGUUAAUAAAAAUUCACACGGACACAAAUGUUGGUGCAUUUAACAAAAAUUAGUUUUACACCAACAUAAAGUGUUAGUGCAAAA